AUGCGGGUGAAAGAUCCAACCAAAGCUUUACCUGAGAAAGCCAAAAGAAGCAAAAGGCCAACUAUACCUCAUUAUGAAGACUCUUCAGACGACAUUGCAGUGGGUUUAACUUGCCAACAUGUAAGUCAUGCCAUCAGCGUGAAUCAUGUAAAGAGAGCAGUAGCUGAGAAUGUGUGGUCAGUUUGCUCAGAAUGUUUAAAAGAAAGAAGGUUCUGUGAUGGGCAGCCAGUACUUCCAUCUGAUAUUUGGUUGUGCCUCAGGUGUGGCUUCCAGGGAUGUGGUAAAAGCUCAGAAAGCCAACAUUCACUGAAGCACUUCAAGAAUUCCAGAACAGAGCCCCAUUGUAUUACAAUCAGUCUCAGCACAUGGAUUAUAUGGUGUUAUGAGUGUAAUGAAAAAUUAUCAACACAUUGUAAUAAGAAGGUUUUGGCUCAGAUAGUUGAUUUUCUCCAGAAACAUGUUUCUAAAACACAAACAAGUGCAUUUUCCAGAAUCAUGAAACUUGGUGAAGAAAAAUGUGAAAUAGAGAAAAUAAAGAAGGGAAGUCUACCAUUUGUAAAGGGGAUUACAAAUUUAGGAAAUACUUGCUUUUUUAAUGCAAUCAUGCAGAACUUGGCACACACUUACAUUCUUACCGAACUGAUGAACGAGAUCAAAGAAAAUAGUACAAAAUUCAAGAUUUUUCCUUCCUCAGACUCACAGCUGGACCCAUUAGUGGUGGAACUUUCAAGCCCUGGACCACUGACCUCAGCCUUGUUCCUGUUUCUUCACAGCAUGAAGGAGACUGAAAAAGGACCACUUUCUCCUAAAGUUCUUUUUAAUCAGCUUUGUCAGAAGUGGGUGCAUAGAAUACAAGCUAGCAUUCUAAAAGCAUUUAACAACCCAACUACUAAAACUGCUGAUGAUGAAACUAGAAAAAAAGUUAAAGCAUAUGGAAAAGAAGGUGUGAAAAUGAACUUCAUAGAUCGGAUCUUUAUUGGUGAAUUAACUAGCACGGUCAUGUGUGAAGAAUGUGCAAAUAUAUCCACAGUGAAAGAUCCUUUCAUUGAUAUUUCACUUCCUAUAAUAGAAGAAAGGGGUUCAAAACCUUUACCUUUGGGAAGAAUGAGUAAAUAUAGAAGUUCACAGGAGACAGAUCAUAAUCAGUACAGUGGCACUGUUACUACAGAAAAUACUGAUCAGCCCAGAGCCGCCAAGAAGUAUUCUCCAUCUAAAGAUAAGAAUCAAGUAAUUCGUGACCGAAAACGUGUCAGAAAAUUGUCACCUGAAGAAAUGACUGUUGUCAUGUACCGGAAAAGUGAAAACCUUGAAAUGAAUGAGGAUUCUUUAAUGUUUGCAAGCAUCAAGACUACUGAGUCACCCCUGAAUGAAAGCCCUACGGAUGGCAGUGAAAAGGAAGCCAGCCAUUUUGAAAGUAGUGUUGAUGCUGACAGUGAGGCUUCGGAAUCUGAAAGUGCUUCAGAACAGACUGGGCUGUUUAGAUCCAGUAGUGGAUCUGGUGUGCACACAUAUGGACAUCUUUCCCAUCCAUCAGCAGGUGAACUGCCAUGUGCCAACAAGAGUGACAAUGGUGAUGAUGGAAUGGCUGAAGCUAUUUCUGAACUUUAUUUGGGCAGCACUGUAACUGGAGAUAGAGAUUUUGACAGAGAAAAUCAGCCACUAAAUAUCUCAAAUAAUUUAUGUUUUUCAGAGGAGAAGCAUUUGAGGUCUCACGGUCCCCAAAAUGCUUUUCAGACCCUUUCUCAGAGCUAUAUAACUACUUCUAAAGAAUGUUCAGUCCAGUCCUGUCUCUACCAGUUUACAUCUAUGGAAUUACUGAUGGGGAAUAAUAAGCUUCUAUGCGAGAAUUGUACUGAGAAGAAACAUAAGUACCAAAAGGAAACAAGUUUUGCAGAAAAGAAAGCAGAAGGAGUUUAUACUAAUGCCAGGAAACAAUUGCUCAUUUCUGCUGUUCCAGCUAUCCUAAUUCUCCAUCUUAAAAGAUUCCAUCAGGCUGGCUUGAAUCUUCGUAAAGUAAACAGACAUGUAGAUUUUCCACUUAUGCUUGAUUUAGCACCAUUCUGUUCUGCUACUUGUAAGAAUGUAAAUGUGGGAGAGAAAGUUCUCUAUGGUCUCUAUGGUAUAGUGGAACAUACUGGCUCAAUGAGAGCAGGUCACUACACCGCUUAUGUGAAAGUGAGAACACCCUCCAGGAAAUUAUUGGAACAUAUCACUGGAAAGAAAAAUAUGUCUGGUUUGAAAGAACCUGACAGUGAAUUGGCAGGCCAGUGGGUCCAUAUUAGUGACACUUAUGUGCAAAUGGUUCCAGAAUCAAGAGCACUUAGUGCACAAGCUUACCUUCUUUUUUAUGAAAGAGUAUUAUAA